AUGCUUGCCGGCCUGGUGGUCGGUAUCAUACUGGGUGUUGUUGCUGCUUGCAUUCUGAUUGCUAUAAUGUUGCGAUACUUUGAUCUUCGAAAACGACGCAAGACGACACAAAUAUUCCAUGUUCCACCAUCCACAUCACCUCGCUCCUUAGGAUCGCCCCAUUACUCUGGAUUUCGAACACCUGCCAUGGCAGAAGUGCCACCCGCAAUCCCUGUUGUUCCUCACGCAUAUCAGAACUUCGCGUCAGAAAUCCCGGCUCCGUUCAUCCCAGAAGCAGAACCAACAACUCCACUAUCCGAUAUGUUCUCGCCAUACACCAACACCACAACCCCGUUCUCCGACCUUGUCAACCCGAUCAUUCGAGACGCAGCAGCCAAAAAGCCGCAGGUAUCUGACGAACCUAACACCGCAAUCUCCCGGCGUGCGACUGAGCUGCAACUCACGUCGGCACCGCCGUCACCAGUAUCGCCAAUGUCACAGUCAAGCUCCAGGCCGUUUUCUCCGCUGACGGUCUCGUCUGCGCGAGAAUCGAUUUGCGAGACACCCGUCGUGAAGACGGCUGUGGCCUUGAAUGUCUCCAGAGAGUCCUUGCACAGAACCUCCAUGUAUCGAAUCGACAAUGAGCAAUCGACCCAUCUCCAAGCACCUGAGACAGCGUUCAUACCGUACAGGUCGCCGCAGCAAACACGUCAGACGGAGUACUUCCCGUACAGACCGCCACAAGAAUGA